AUGGAAAAGAAGCCGUUAGAGCAUAAUAAUAAUUCAAAGCCUAAAUAUCAAAAUAUUUCGAAGGAAGAUAUCGUCCACGAUGAAGAAGUUGCAGCCAUCAUUCAUCGGAUUGUUUCAGCUCCAGUCGUAACAAAUAAAAUGCAAAAAGUUUAUGAAUUAAAAGCAGACAUUAGUGUGAAUGAGAUGAUUUCGCUAUGCGAUAAAAUGAAGAAGUGCUUUCUCGAGUCCGACGUUCUCCUAAACAUUGAUUCCUCGUCUCCUAUUUGUGUCGUCGCUGAUCUUCAUGGUCAAGCUGUUCAUCUUCUGAGAAUUUUGAGAACUUGUGGUUCACCGCCGGCCCAACGGUACAUCUUUCUCGGUGAUUAUGUAGAUCGAGGCUCGCAAGGAAUUUUAAUAUUGUGCCUGUUGUUCUGCAUGAAGUACCGGUAUCCCAAGCAUGUUUACUUGCUUCGCGGCAAUCAUGAAGACGUUAAUACAACACUAAAUUAUGGAUUUUAUGAAGAAUGCAUUCAGAGGUUUGCGACAACUUCUGAUGAUCUUGUCACCGGCGAGAAAGUCUGGCGGGCAUGCAUCGAAACGUUCAACACGAUGCCGUUGGCAGCUCUUCUCGACAAGAAGAUUUUCUGUUGUCACGGCGGAAUUUCGCCGUUCAUGUCUUCCUUGCAGGACAUCCAGAAAAUCGAGCGGCCGCUUAUUAUCCCGCCGUUCGGGUUAGCUUGCGAUUUGCUAUGGUCCGAUCCAUCGAACAACGGAAACGAAGGAUGGGCGCUGAGUCAUCGCGGCAUUUCCUUCACUUACGGAUUUGACACAGCCGAAGAAUUUUGUAAGAAAAAUAAUGUACACUUGAUAAUCCGAGGCCACCAAUUGUUUCGCGAACUGUAUGCGACCGGCUAUGUUUUCCGGUUUGGCGGAAUUCUAAUUUCAUUAUUUUCCGCUUUGAAUUAUGAGAAUCAUCGCAAUAACGCGGCAGUUAUCAAAAUUAAUUUUAAAAGUUCGAUUGAGGUCACACCUAUUGUGUUCCGCUGUAGACAUUACGUACCACAAAAACCGUCGGAGACAAUCGGAUACAAAGAUUGGGAGUAUCGUCAAAACGCCAUAAAAAAUAAGAAAGAUUCUGUUUCAAUUAGUGGCAACAAAAGCGAAAAAGUGCGCACAAGGCAUGAUGGAUAA